UGAGCAUUAUGGGGGUCCAAUGAAUGAGAAGGUCACAGCUAGGGUCUUGCAAAAUAGAAAACUGAGUGCCUUUUGGAGUCAGGCACGCUUUGCUGUUUCUGUCCCUCAGGCAGUCCUCCUCGGUCGGUGCGUGUCUCUCGUCAUGGCCAAGCGCAAGUCAAAGAGUGGGACCAGGCAGCAUGAAGACACUUGCCUGUUGCUGGACUCGCCGGUGUCUGCGCCACGGUCCGGUGGGAUAAACUCUCACGUCCUCCCGACUUUGUUGCUCCUUCUCCUGGCAGUUGUGGGCUCUAUGCUGGGCUGGUACUGUGUCCAACAACAACAGUACAGCCUCGACCAGCUGUCACAGUCUUACACAGCCAUGCAAACCACCAUCACCAAGUUGGAGCAGGUGGCGGGAUGGAGAGAUGCACAUAUGGAUGCAGGUCUGGUGGUGGAGGAGAGGAUCUUGGCUCUGGAAGAAGCUCAGAAACUGGCCCAGCAGAAGGCUGAGGUUGCCCUGGCAACAUCAGAGAAGCUGACACACACUGACCUCCACUCUCAGAUUUGGGCCCUCCGUGCCGAGAUGGAUGUGCGAUCGACUGAGAUGCAGCAGGCUGCCAUAUCCACGGCAAGCCUCCGGGCCAUAAUCAAGAACCAGAGUGAGGAGUUUGAGGCUCUGAAGGGGGGCUUAGAGGCCAUGUUGAGCUCCAGCUCAGCACUGGCUGCAAACGUGGCCGGGCUGUCUCAUGCUGUGACCAGUGCAAACUCCAGAGUUGAUGAGCAGGUCACGUUGGUCGAAGCCCUUAAUACACGGCUAGAGGGACAAGCCGCUGAGCUGAACGAGCUAAAAGUGUCCCUGGAUCUUCAUAACGCAGCACUUUAUACAAACAACCAGGAGGUUGCUGCAAUAAAGCAGUUUGUGGAGGCUGCACAGGCCACUCGGGCUCUGGGGUUGGAAGAAAAGCUCAGCUCGGUGCAGAGGAGCCUGGAUGAGCAGUUUUUCACUUCACAGACCCUUCACUACAGUAUCAAGGCUCAGCUUCAGAAUGUCCACACCCAGUUGGUGAAUGGAGGUCAAAUUGGCUCCCAGCCUGUUGAGGUGAAAUUCAAUAAGGACGUUUCAACAGCUGAAGAGUUCAUCUCUGCCACAGCGGAGGAUGCUGCUGAGGAUGAGGAGGAGCAGCUUGUAAAUGCUGAGAAAGAAGCCGAGGUGCAAGAUGCUCCCAAGGCAGCUGAACAACAGGUAGAGGAGGAUGCUGUGCAGGAGGAGCAGCCACUAGAAAAGGAAAUGACAGGACUGAGUGAGGAGCAUGAGGCUGUUGCUGAGACAGGAGAAGAGGAGGUCACAGAGCACUCCACAGAGACACAUGAUUUGGAGGAGUCUUCGGAAGAGGAAGAGUUAGAAGAUGCCUUGGAGAGUGAGGUUGUAGAUGAGCAACCAGUUGAAUUAGAUAGUGAGGUCUUAGUGGAUGAAGAUGAGUAACUGCAAUUGUUAUGCUCAGUUAGACUGGACUAAUGAAUUCCUGUCAUUGCGGCCAUAGCAGGGAAUACUCACGGAAUUAUGAAAUCUUCUUUAAAUGGUCAGGAAAUCUUUCUACAUGCAGUGCAUGCUUUGGGUUUAUAGCAGGUGUAAAUGCUUUUCUGCAACAUAGCCGCUUGUUUUACGUGGAUGUGAGGGUAUACCACAUAUAGCUUUUAAAACUUGGCCGUAUGAUUUUUGAUCGCAGAUUUGAUCACAGAUCACCUGUUUCAAUUUUUUAAGUUUCAAAAUCAGACUGUAUGAAUGUUAACAAUGUAAAUGAAAAAUUUUGUUUGAAAUAUAUUUCAAAUAUGUGUCAUCAUUUGACGAGAACCCUGUUAAUGAUGCACUGUAGCAAGACAGCUGACAACGAAUGGACAAAAAGGGCUGCGGAGGGAUAAACAUUAUAGAUGGUUCAUCAUUGAUAUCCAUAUUUUUGUUGCAAAAUGUUGCUCAGAUUUUUAUAUUCCCCCGGCUGCAAUGGCAAAUAGUCAGCCAGCCUGUCAGUUCAACAGAUUUAUAUAAAAUACAUGUGAAUCAUGCAUAAAAAUGUACAAAAAUAUACUGUAAAUGGCAUUACUUGGAUGAAUAA